UUGUGACCUAGUUGAGAAACAAGAAUUCACCCAACAUGUGCAUUAAUGGCAGGUAGAUAUGUAUGUAUGUGUGUCAUGUUCUUGCCCUUGCUUAAUGCUCUCCCUCCACCUCUAGGGGAGAAAUCAUUCCACACCUUGUGCUCUAGGAGAGAGAGUUGCACUAAUCACUGCCCCAUUGUUAACAAAUUGGGAGGAUUGAUUGUGGGCAUAAAUCCCAUGUUUAUUUGCCUUUCUUCUUCUCCCUCGAUCGCUUCUCCCUGCUUUCUUUCCAUCUCCGCUUUCUUCCCCAACACUUCCUCCCAUCUUCUCUUGUAUCCCCGGAGCUCAUCACAACAGGUGACGUUCUGAAAAGAUGCACAAAUGGUCGAGAAGUUAAACCAUGACAUGUUCUUAUGUAAUCUCUCUCUCCCCCAUCGUCUUACUCCCAUUCGUAAUUUGUCACUUUGAUAUUUUGAAAUCUGCCUUGUUCAUUCUUUAGACUUUUUGCCAUGCAUGAAGUGUGAUGAGUUCAACCUCUGGCUACCUUUCCUUCACUGUCAACAAUUUAGUCUCCUCUUUAUGGUUGGUGGACACUGAUCACACCUAGAAAGGAAUGACAUAUUUAGGUAUGGCAACACUAUAAAUACAUUUCUGGGAAUUUUUAAUUACACGGUGCUGGCUGUGCCUUUCUCGUCACUGUUAAAAGUCCCUGGAGAGGAUAAAACAGACCUCUCUUGGGAAGCAGGUCUGUUUUCAACAGCUGGUCACCGAAGCAAGCAGAAUUCUGCCACAGACUAAGCCGAAACAGUGACAGCAUACCAAGGAAGGAUUUUGUCAACCUAGCGGGGACAGAAAACGCUCAGCUGGUGUCAGUAAAGACCACGUACAGAGUUCUGAAAGCCUGAUGAACGAAGUUGCAGAGAAGAUAUUUGGAGUCACGGUUCAGCAUCUGCCAUGAAGCCCUCUGCAGACGCGCUUGAGAUCAUCUCCUGUGCCGUUCUCAUCCUCGUGAGCUUCGUCGGAAACGCAUGUUUAUUUUAUUCCACAAGCAAGUGCAUCACGGGGGGCCUGCAGACAUCCUUUCUUCUCAUUAUCAGCCUUGUGUUUGUCCACCUUAUUAAAAACCUGGUGGUGAACAUCCUCAAGAUCGUUUACUCUUCUGGUAUCUUGCUGGAUUCAGUUGGCUGCAAAGUUCUGCACUUCACUUCGGCCCUGACAACUUCCCUGGCCAUCUGGUUCAUGUUACACUUUGCGCUGCUCUACCUCCGGAAGCUUUACCAAAUCGUCUACCCCUUGAGCGGGGCUGCAAGCCUGAGCCAACAGAAGUACUCCUUGAAGGGGAUUUCUGCACUUUGGGUGGCUGGUGUGGCGGUGUAUAUCCCAGUGUUGAUAUAUACUAGAAAACCAGAACACCAUAAUCCUGGAAAUGAUACAGGCUCUUUGUCUACUAACAGAAUUUACGUGGAUUGCUUGACCGGCUUUGGAAACGAGCAGGUAGAGCUUUACUAUGGGAAAAUAUUUUUAGUUUUGAUCGAUAUUCUUCCUUUAGCUGUCUUAGUCUUUGUCUGUUUCUGGAUGGCUUUCCUUCUUUUAGAGAAGAAAAAGAUGACAUAUGGUGACAUCUGGAUUGGAGACGAUGAUUCAGAAACCGAGGUCCUUCGAGGGGCCAAAUUCAGUAUCUUGUUAAUGUUGCUGAUCACUCCGCUCUGGGUUUCUCACUUCAUCUUGGUCUAUUUCUUGAAGGACUUGGCAGUGUACGCCUUUAUUCCAGCUGUUCUCACAGCCCUCUCCUCCGGCUUCUCCGCUCUGAGUCCUUUCCUGCUUAUGUUGGUUAAUUACAAAGUGAAGUUGGUGUCCUUCUGUGGUGUCAAACAGGAAAAGUCCGCACCACAGCCUGCAGAUGUUAUUCUCUCCCCGUAUGCUUAAUGACUGAGUGAACCGACUGAAGUGAAGCUCUGGAGGGGUCCCGUCACCGGAGGGCAUGGCUGCAGUUUUCAAAGCCCUCAGCAGCAGCUUCUGAAAAGAUGGCUGGAAAGUUGACUGCUCUAGAAAUUCAUUUCUGAGAGCAACUUUACAAGUAGAAAUAAGAACACUAAGUUGUUUAUAAACUGAAGAAAAACAGCCAUCAUGACAUUUAUUAUUUAGGAUAGUGGUUCUCAAUCUUCCUAAUGCUGUGACUCUUUAAUAUAGUUCCUCAGGUUGUGGU